GAGCAGAUAAUAAAUCAACAGUCGCGGUCAUCCCUUCUGUUCUCAGCUCCGGCGAUGGGUUUACACACAUUAAGACUCGCCGCGGUUCCGAUGACCUUCUCCGCAUUCACCUCUCGCCUCUUCCUCAAGCCACUUCCUCCCAAAACUCUCCAAACUCUAACUUUGGUUUCCCGUCAUGUUCGACCGGGUAAGCCUUUCCUCGUCAGGGCCUUCUCUGCUUCCGCCGCCGUACAAGGGAUUCCACCCACGCAAGCUUCGGAUUCCUCUGCUGCGAGGCCUCAGUGGAAAGCCUCCAUUGACUUCAAGUGGAUAAGGGAUAACAAGGAAGCGGUCGAAAUCAAUAUCAAGAAUCGAAACUCGAAUGCUGAUUUGGGAGGUGUGAUCGAGCUUUACGAGAACAUGGUCAAUCUCCAGAAGGAAGUCGAGGGGAUUCGUGAGGAAAGGAACAACGUUGCCAAGAAGAUGAAGGGGAAGCUUGAACCUUCAGAGCGUGAGAGACUCGUCGAAGAAGGUAAAAGUCUUAAGGAGAGUCUUGUAACUCUGGAAGAAGACCUCGUGAAGCUUCAAGAUGAGCUCCAACAAGUGGCGCGGUCUAUACCAAAUAUGACCCACCCUGAUGUUCCUAUUGGUGGCGAGGAUUCAUCGGCUAUUAGAAAGGAGGUUGGUAGUCCACGUGAGUUUACCUUUCCAAUCAAGGAUCAUCUUCAGCUUGGGAAGGAUCUUGAUCUCAUUGAUUUUGACUCCGCUUCAGAGGUAAGUGGUUCAAAGUUCUUCUAUUUGAAGAAUGAAGCAGUGUUAUUGGAGAUGGCCCUCCUUAACUGGACGUUAUCAGAAGUCAUGAAGAAGGGUUUUACUCCCCUAACAACCCCUGAGAUAGUGAGAUCUUCUAUUGUUGAGAAAUGCGGUUUCCAACCUCGUGGAGAUAACACUCAGGUUUAUUCUAUAGAUGGAACUGACCAAUGUCUCAUUGGCACCGCUGAAAUCCCCGUAGGAGGAAUCCACAUGGAUUCUAUUCUUCUUGAAUCAGCACUACCUUUGAAGUAUAUAGCAUUCUCUCAUUGCUUCCGAACCGAAGCUGGUGCAGCUGGCGCCGCUACAAAAGGUCUUUACCGAGUUCAUCAGUUCAGCAAAGCAGAAAUGUUUAUCCUGUGCCGACCUGAGGAUAGUGAGACCUUCCACCAUGAGCUCAUUCAGAUUGAAGAAGAUCUCUUUACUUCUUUAGGAUUACACUUCAAAACAUUGGACAUGGCCACAGCAGAUCUAGGCGCUCCAGCUUACCGCAAGUUUGACAUUGAAGCAUGGAUGCCCGGUUUGGGAAGAUAUGGCGAGAUAUCAAGCGCAUCCAACUGCACGGAUUACCAAAGCCGGAGACUGGGAAUACGUUACCGCCCAUCUGAACCGCUUCAGACGGGUUCUAAGAAAGGCAAAGCGAGCCUUCCGGCUACUAAGUUUGUGCAUACUCUAAACGCAACAGCUUGUGCUGUCCCAAGGAUGAUGGUGUGUUUGCUGGAGAAUUACCAGCAAGAAGAUGGAUCUGUGGUGAUCCCUGAGCCCCUUAGGCCUUUCAUGGGAGGCAUUGGGCUUAUUAAACCCAAGCUUAGAUAAGUUUUUAAGGUUAGCUCUAAGCGAGUCUUGUUGUAACUCAUGAUUGAGGUCUGUUUCAUACAUUAUACAGUUCACAUGAGGUGAGUUUUGUUGUGUUCUUUUCUUCAAUUGUAUAAUGGAAAGGGAGUUUCCUUUUCUUUUCACUUAUUUGUAUAUACUAAACUUCAUUUUCAGAAUAUCUGAGGAUA